AAGGUAGCAGCAGCUCCUGUGGAAACGAACCUGAGCAGAAGUGAACAUGAACGACAGAAACAAGCCGGUGACCCUGAAAAUCAUCCUCGUAGGAAACUCAGGGGUGGGGAAAUCCUCCUUCAUGAACCGGUUUGUGAAUCACCGCUUCACCAACAUGUACCGGACCACCAUCGGGACAGACUUCCUCUCCAAAACAGUUACCAUGGAUGGGGACACCGUCAACCUGCAGAUCUGGGACACUGCGGGCACGGAGAGGUUUCAGUCUCUGGGAACACCUCUGUACCGAGGAGCUCACAGCUGCCUGCUGGUGUUCGACGUCACAUCCAGAGACAGUUUCUCCGCCCUGGAGGAGUGGAGGAAGGAGUUUCUGAUCCAGGGAGAGCCUCAGGACCCGGACCACUUCCCCUUCAUCGUGCUGGGCAACAAGACCGACCUGAGCGACAGGGAGGUGUCUGGCGCAAAGGCCCAGCAGUGGUGCAGCAAAAUCGGAGCACAGUAUUUUGAAGGAAGCGCUAAAGCAGACCUGGAUGUGGAGAAGCCGUUCCUGACAGCGGCUCGGAGCGGCCUACAGCAGUACAAAAAACACACAUUGGAAAAUACAGGACAUUUCCAGAUAACCUGCGAACAGCCGAGAGAAACUCGCAACGCCUGUGAGUGCUGAGUCAGCGCUCGUCCCCGAGAGGCCGGGGGAAAGUUCAGAGAGACCUCGGCACUGCUGAUGAUGACCUAUCUAACGAGGGUGCAAAAAUAGUGACCCAGCAAAGGUACUGUGGAAGGAAAAGGACACAUUGUAUACCACAUGGAGAGAGGAACAAACUCAGUAAAUGUUUUUUCUGUUUUUUUUUUUAUCUUGAGAACCUUCAGCUUAUGGUCUAACUUAAGGCAUCACUACUAAAAUACACUGCUUUUGCAUGCAUGUCUAGUUUUUGUUCAACAGACACACUGACACACACACACACAAAUUAUGAAUGCAUAUGAAGAGAGAUUUUCAGAAAGAAAGAAAUUGGGAGAAAAGCACAAAACGAGAGAGACCGAUGCGCCGGCUGGAGAAAAAAGGUGGCAAAGCGGAAAACCUGGGAUCUUCCUGGCCUUUUACCGUGACAAAGUGGAUAUACAGUCCUUCAACGCUCCCUGUACAGAUCGUCGUGAUGUAAUGAACCUAGCAGUGUUUCAGACUCCCACAGUGAAUCAGCUCGACAGAAGCAAACCAUCAGGGAGACUAUAUCUAUAUAUAUUUAUAUAUAUAUAUAUAUUUGUUUCUUUUAUAAGUAAAGACACAAAAAGGCAAUCGAGAGAUGACCGACAUGUAAAAACAGUUUGUUACAGGUAAAUAUAUAAAAGGCCAAGAUGAUGAAUUUUUUUUGUUUGUUUUAUUCUUGCUCUAUGAACGAACUAAUUUACAAGUGAGUACACUCCGGCUAUGUAAGCUUUUUCCCCAAAAGACAUCCCCAUUUUCCACACGGGUUUUACACAUCACAGUUAGCUUGCUGAAAUAGUCUGAAGUCUGAAAUACAGAGCCGUGGAAAGAAAAAAAUAAUUAAAAUGUAUUAAAUGGAUUCACAUACAUUAAUAGGAAAGGGGAACAUAUGUCUACUAAUAUAAUUUGCCAUUCUAAAAAAAAAAAAAAAAAAAAAAGAGCAAAAAAAAAGCGGUGGACAAUUGUUUAGGUUAUUAAAGGGGAAAGGGGGGAGGGGGGAAAGAUCUGAUGUUUUGUCCUCAUACUUCGUGAGAUUUCCUGUUUGGCAAACAAAGCAACAAGCAUUGAGUAGUAAACAAAGUAAAAACUCUCCUGGGUCCACGUCAGAGAGCCCUUCAGUUCUACAACCUCGGUGGCUUCUACUUGGAACAAAUACAAAAGUCUUUCUCUCGUUCAUUUACCUUCGGUCAACAACAAGUACAUACAACCGGCUGAAUGAAGAUUUCUUUUAAAAAUAUAGUGGCAACCUCAACACAGCCACCGAUCGUCCCACGAACACAAACUAUGGGGAUGAACAACAAUUAAAAAAAGUGAUGCUUUUUUUCAUUUUAAAAAUGCACACGACAUACACAUACACACAGGAGGAAAGAAACAAAACAAAAAAAGCUUAAAAAAUACAAAAAUAAACUACACAAAAGAUCUUCUGCGUCAUUGCUGCUUGCUAAUUUUUUGGGAAGAUUUGUGUGUGUGUGUGUGUGUGUGCUGCAAGUCUCAGUCCUAUAGCAAUGUCUGUCAUUCAUUCUCUACAAAUCUCUUCUUGUCCACGUCGAAGAAGUGUCGGCCACCGGUCCUCACGUCGGGUAAAAAGCGCACAGUGAUGACAUUACCAGGAGACUGGAGUCCAGUACGGCGAAUACAGACUUGGUUCUCGAUGAAGCAAAUUUUUGUUUUCAGCAUAAAAAGAAAAGAGAAAAAUUAUGUCCUCUGUCGCUGAGGACAAGUGCUUUAUUUGUAUCCAUACUGAUUUUUCCUCUCUUCUAAACUAAUGCCUCCACAGCCUUUUUUUUUUCCCUCAACACUGUACAUCAUUUUGUGUAGUCUCUCUCUACAUCCCCUCUUGGAUUCACAAACCAAA